AAUUGACAAACUUGACAGAGGCAAAAGUACAGUUUUUAAUUUUUCAUGCAGUUUUCAACAAGUUUCUUAAAUCCGUAAAACAUUUGUUUUAGUUGAUUGACUAUUAUAAUGAGCCUAUGAGAUUUUCACUCUGAAAAUAUGUCUCAUUCUUUUAAAUUAUUUUAUAGACAAACACAUUGCUUCCUAAAUAUAACCACGCCGGUGAGAUGUAGUGCAAACCAAUAUCCAAUCCGGAUUUUAUCUAGUGGUAUCAGCUAUCAAAAUAACCCAGCUUGGAAUAUAUUGAACAGCGUGAAGCGUAAUAGUAUAUCAUCAUGUCAAAUACGAAAUUACGUUAAACCUGAAGGAAGCAAUGCCUGUGACACACCUGAGAAACCCACACCCCCGGAAAAACAAGGGCUUUUCCAAAAGUUUAAGGAGAUGUACAAAAACUACUGGUAUGUCUUAGUCCCCGUGCACAUGGCUACUUCUGCGGUUUGGCUGGGCUCUUUCUAUUAUACUGUGAGAAGUGGUGUAGACAUAAUACCUAUGCUAGAAACAAUGGGGAUCAGUGAAAAACUGUUAGAGCCAUUGAAAAACUCGUCUGCGGGCUAUUAUGCACUUACUUUUGCUCUGUAUAAAAUAGCCACACCCCUUCGAUAUGCGGUCACUGUUGGUGGCACAACCCUUGCUAUUAGAAAGUUAACAGCACUGGGAUGGAUCAAACCAGUGCCUUCAAGACAGCAAUUCAAGGUGAUGCUGCAAGAAAGAAAGGAGGGCUUGCAGGACCGGUUCAAUGAGAGUACGGCCCACUACCGUCUGACACAGAUGAGGCAGCAGGGCACAAAGGUUAUGGACGAAAUGCGACGAUAUAAAACCGAAAUACGAAACAUGAAGAAUAAAGUCAAGAAAAUGUGAGACAACUAAAUAUAAAAUUAGUGUAGUGAGU